AUGGCACAUAUUCCUCCUCACGACAAGGCCGGCGCCCGGGUCAAGAAAUACUCAGGGAUCAGUCCAAACUACAGAAGGGACCUUGGCGUGGCGGCCAACUUACCGGAGGCUGUGAAUGACAAAACCAAUACUUCAUUGUGGAUCACGGAACUCCCUCUCAUCACCACCUACUCCGGCUUUCUCGCCGAGGUCAGGAACAAAGGCCCAGUCAAAUCGCUCCAUAUUAAUGGUCCAAGCCUUGAACACCCUAACACGUCAGCUGCGAAGCUCGUGUUCUUUGAACAUCAAGCAGCCGCUCAGGUUCUGGCAGAAGCCGCAAGAGGAGAGUUUUAG